CUGAGGGCAUGAGUCGCUGAAUUUGAGUAUCGUAAACAUCCCGUUAUUAAACCCGAUUCAUCACAAGCUGUUUUCUCACAAUGUUGGCGUGCAAACGGAGUGUGACCGGCACCAUGACCGCUGCCCUCCGGCUUCUUCGCAGUAAUCAAGUCGUUGUUGUGUCUGGACAGCAGCAGAGAUGUCUGAGCACACACACAGACGGAGAGGUCCGCAUCACAAAGGUACUGAAGGAGAAGUUCCCGUCAGCCGCAUCGCUCAAAGUGGUGGAUAUAUCAGGUGGCUGUGGGGCCAUGUAUGAGAUCCAUAUAGAGUCCAGUGAGUUCAAAGGAAAAAGGACUGUUCAACAACAUCAGUUAGUCAAUCAGGCACUCAAGGAUGAGAUUCAAGAAAUGCAUGGACUGCGAAUAUUCACUGACGUUCCAAAACAUUAGUGCAAGUUCACUUUUCCUAUGUUAAAGCUAUUAUGAAUGUACAUUUUGUUUUAAAGAGGAUAUGGUGUAGCUAAUUAGUUUCAUGAUAAUUGUUAAUGUACCAGUGGUAGACAUGCAGAGGGACAUUGUCUAUCACAGUUAUACAUUAACAAUGUAAAAAUGUGAAAUAAAUGUAAGAUUACAAUAAAAUUAUCUUUUUUUACCAUUAAGGUAUCCUCUGCUUUGAGACUAUAUAGAGUGAACGCUACAAUACGCACAAAAGGACAUGGUAAAAUAUCAAGUCACGUAGGGUUCUUAUUAUUUUGGGGUCCUCUCAGGGUUGAUGAUGAUGAUGAUGAUUGUGUAAUGAUAAGUGGUCCUGCAAGUCAUAAAUAAUAACAUCCUAAAUAUUGAAGAAUUGCUGCAGACAUUUGCUCUGUGGAGCAUUAUUUUGCUA